AUGUUGCUUCCAAUUUCCGGCAACCCAUCGACCGAACUCGAAGGCCGUACAAACCAUAAAUCCAGAGUGAAAACAUCCCCAUUCGACCUUACUCCAAUCCGUCGCACUCUAGUCUUGCUGGUAAUCCUAUUCCAUGUAUUCCUCGUUUUAAACCUUACUCGUACCCAAAAUCUCGCUCUAUCCUUUUUAAAUGUCUCAUCCAAAACAUACGGCAGCUUGCCGUACGAAGCCUGCCAUUCCCGUCGGAUUUACGUCUACGAUCUCCCCCCGAUGUUCAAUUACGAGCUCGUGAGCAGUUCCGACAUAAAUUUGAACGACAGCUUCGGACGGGCAGCAAAGGAGUUCACUGGAAUCGUACCCGAGAGUAUUCUGCCGGCGUGGUACUGGACUGAUCUUCUUUCGGGCGAGGUAGCGUACCACCGUCGGAUGCUCAGUUACAAGUGCCGAACCAUGGAGCCCGAAUCAGCUACCGCGUUCUACAUACCCUUUUAUGCUGGGUUCGCUCUAACAAAAUCUUUGGGCGGCAACAAUACCUGGAGAGAACGCGAUUGGCAUUGUGAGAUGUUGAUUAAGUGGGUCCAGCAACAAAAAUGGUGGAAUAGAUCCAACGGUUCCGAUCAUUUCAUCAUGCUUGGACGGGUGUCAUGGGAUUUCCGACGGUUGAGAGAGGUUGAUGGCGACUGGGGGUCCAGCUUCAUCAAUAUGCCAGCGAUGCAGAACGUCAUCCGUCUAUCCGUACAGGGACACAUGUGGGACAAACUAGAAAUCUCUGUACCCUACCCCUCGCUGUUCCACCCCAGGUCAAAUUUCGAUAUCAUCGAGUGGCAGCGCUUCGUCCGGAGCCGUCGUCGGAACCACCUCUUCGCCUUCGUCGGUGAAGCCCGCGAACCAAUCCAGGACGAUUUCCAAGGGAUUCUACAGAAACAAUGCCUCAACGAGUCAACCGUGUGCCACCACGUCGACUGCGGCCCGAAAAACUACAUCGAUGGGAAGACGACGGUUAUAGCAGCAUUUCUCGACUCCGAUUUCUGUCUUCAACCCAUGGGCGAGGAGGGGUUUACGGGACGGUUGGUUUUCGACUGCAUGGUUGCUGGUUCGAUACCUGUUUUUUUCUCGAGAGAGACGGCUUACUUUCAGUACGAGUUAUUCAUGCCGGUCGAGCCUGAGAGUUACUCGGUUUUCAUAAAUCCUAAUGAUGUGUGGAACGGAACGGAUGUAAAGAAGGUGUUGGAAGCGUAUGGGAGAAUGGAAGUGGAAGCAAUGAGAAACAAAGUAAUAGAAUUUCUACCGAGAUUUGUGUAUACGAAACCGAGUCAAGGGUUGGAGAAAAUAAAAGAUGCUUUCGAUAUUGCUAUUGAGGCGAUGUUGAGCAAAUACAAGGCUCACAUUGAGAAGGGUAGGAUUGGGAAUUUGAAUGAAAUAUGA